AAAUAUUAAAGAUCAGAAGGUCAAAACUCACAUUAAAUUUUGUCAUUUUAGGCAUAGAUUUCAAAAUAAGGACAAUAGAUUUAGAUGGGAAGAAAAUAAAACUACAAAUAUGGGAUACUGCAGGACAAGAAAGAUUUCGAACUAUAACAACUGCUUACUACAGGGGUGCAAUGGGGAUAAUGUUAGUAUAUGAUAUAACUAAUGAAAAAAGUUUUGAAAAUAUCAAAAACUGGAUAAGAAACAUUGAGGAAAAUGCAUCUGCUGAUGUAGAGAAGAUGCUAUUGGGUAAUAAAUGUGAACUUGAAGAAAAAAGACAAGUUUCCAGAGAAAGAGGUGAACAGCUUGCUGUUGAAUAUGGUAUUAAAUUCAUUGAAACUAGUGCUAAGGCCAGUAUUCGAGUUGAAGAUGCUUUUUUCACGUUAGCUAGGGAUAUUAAAGCCAAAAUGGAAAAGAAAUUAAAGGAGGCAAGCAAUCCUCCAAAAGGUCAUCAGCUUAAGGCAGCCGAACCCCAACGAAAACCAACGAACUGGUUGUCGAGGUGUACAAUACUCUGACCUAUUUAUGCAAAUUAAAUCUCCAUUAAUGUAUAAUGCAUCACAGUCAAAGACAAAAUUCGUAGAUAUCAUCCAUUGAACAGGUAAUUUUUUUAAUUGUUCGACGCAAAAAAAUACAAACAGAUUUUACUUAUCUUAAAAGAAAUUAAAACAAAACAACAAAUUUGACCAAGGACACAUCAGUGGCGAGUGAAGUGGUGGUAAAUUAAAAUUAAUUUGGUAUUCUAAGUGGUGAUAAAUCAGUGCUUGUGAUGUGGAAGGAUUCAAUUAAGUAUCUACUAGUGUACCACUAAUUUGUAAAAAAAGAAAAGAAUUCUGAUAAGAUAAAAAAAUAAAAUUAUUGAUUUGAAAAGGCUAACGCUUACAUGACCGCCGUUAAGUAUCUGAAAAGGGCUCGAUUUGACGGUGUUGAUCUAGUGUCGGUUCUCAUCCUUCUAUAGUAGAUGCAUUGGUUUUAUUCGACGUUUUGGUAGUUGCAGUGAUUGGCAUCUUCACGAAUCGGAAUAAGGGCGGAAAACCUUUCGCUGCUAUUAUGCUGAAACUCGUGUUUCAUGAAGAUGCCACCCACAGUUCUGGCGAAACGUCGGAUAAACGAUUCCACCAAUUCUCGAAUAUCGAAACCGAAAUUGAAAUUUAUUUUUUCUUUACUUUCUACUUAAAAUCAUGAAGAUUACUUUAUAUAAUUAUUGAUAAUAUGUUUGUAUGUUUAGGAGGCAAGCAAUCCUCCAAAAGGUCAUCAGCUUAAGGCAGCCGAACCCCAACGAAAACCAACGAACUGGUUGUCGAGGUGUACAAUACUCUGACCUAUUUAUGCAAAUUAAAUCUCCAUUAAUGUAUAAUGCAUCACA